CUGGAAAUCAGCCACUGGAAAACUAGCUAGGUUUCGCGGCGCCCUUCUCCUUCCAGCCUUCCGCCGCCGCCUUCCGGCGACCAGCCAUCAGCCAGGGAACCUUCUCCGUAAGCGCGGCGGCCUUCCGUGUCUCCGGGGUGAGGCGGCGCGGCACGGCAGCGCGUCGGGCGAGCGGGCGGGAGCGAGAGGAGAGCCCACGGGGGCGCACGCAGCCGGCCGAGAGGAGACGCCAGGGGAGAGGGAGAGGGCGAGAGGUGAGGACGGAGGGAAUGGCUUCCACGGUGGAGCAGAGGGGCGACCACUCUUCGCGGAGGUUGGGGCGCGCGCGGUCCCGUUCUCCGGCCAGGGACCGAGUAUCGCCGCUACGAAGGCCGCGGAGCCCAUCGGCUCGGAGGGAGAGGUCGCCGGCUGAGAGGAGAGGCUCGCCUCGUAGGCGGUCUCCUGUCAAGUCUAGCCCUUUGCGCAGGGAGAGGUCGCCGCCGAGAGAGAAGGUGAAGGAGCGGGUCAGGUCGCCGAAACACGCACGGUCGCCAUCCCCUGCUGCGAAACGGGAGUCUCGGUCGCUCUCGCCACGUGCUAAACGUCUAAGGAGAGCUCAGGCCGAGCGGGAAGCGGCAGAGGCAACCGAGGGUGACCAUCGGAAGCCUUCCGACAGGGAGGACCGGGGCACGAGGAAGCACAGGGAGCGUGACGAGGGGAGGGAUGUGUCAAGAGAUAGGAAGGUGGAGCCGAAAGAUGAUAGGAGUGCCUUAAUGGAUAAAAGACUGGAUAAUGAUGGUGGAAGGGACCACUCAAGAGAUAGAAGGGCUGACAGGGAUGAUAGGUCAGGUGCUCCAAGAGAGGCUCGGUCAGGCAGGGAUGAUGAAAGGCAUGAUUCGAGAGGGAAAAGGUCGGAUCAUUAUGAUCGACAAGGGGCUUCCAGGGAGCAAAGAGCAGACCCUAGUUACAGGAGGGAUUCUGGGCGCGAGAGAAUGACGGAUCGGGAUGAGAACAAUGGUGGAUCAGGAAGAUCAUCUAGGCGUGGCCGAUCAGUGUCUCCAGACGAACAUAGACAUAGGGGCAGGCAUGGAUCCCACCCAUCACCAAGGGCAUCCAGAAGUGCAGCACGUACUGAGGAUACAAACUCUAGAGCGGAUACUGCAUCCCGGGGUGGUGAGCCUGAUUCGUUGGUGAUGAUGAAUACUGCUGCAGAAGCUCUGGAAGUGAAAGAAAAGCAAAAACCAUCGUUUGAAUUGUCUGGAAAGCUUGCCGAGGAGACUAACAAAGUUGGAGGUAUAAGUCUGUUGUAUUCAGAACCUCCAGAGGCUCGCAAAUCAGAUAUUAGAUGGAGACUCUAUGUUUUCAAGGGUGGUGAAGCACUGAAUGAACCAUUGUAUGUUCAUCGUAUGAGCCACUACCUUUUUGGAAGAGAAAGGAGAGUUGCAGACAUCCCCACAGAUCAUCCCUCAUGCAGCAAGCAACAUGCGGUUCUUCAAUAUAGACUUGUAGACAAGGAGCAACCAGAUGGCAUGAUGGCAAAGAAAGUGAGGCCUUAUCUGAUGGAUCUUGGUAGUACCAAUGGAACUUUCAUCAAUGAGAAUCGUAUUGAAUCUCACCGGUACUACGAACUCUUUGAAAGGGACAACAUUAAGUUUGGCAAUAGUAGCCGAGAGUACGUCCUGCUCCACGAGAACUCGACAGGUUGAGGAAAGGAUCGGAGGCAGAGGAAGACGAAUGCCGAGAUGUGGGUAGGGCUAGAGCUUUUGUAUGAAACUUCCUGAGCAAACCACCAAGGGUAGUAUUCAGAUUACUACAGUUUUUGUUCUCAAAGAUCAAAGAUGGCGUGCCUUGCUUGUCUGAAACUAACAAAUGAUACAUUAGGUUGAGGGAUGGAGCCUUUUAACUUGUACUUGAACUGAAUUGUUGGGUAAUUUCAUUCAUGGUACUUGACUACCUGUAUGUUCGGCCCAUGUUGAGUCCGCGGGUUUUCACUCAAUUCCAGUUUUCUCUUGCA